CCCCCCCCCCCCCUCCUUUUUGUGAAAUUAAACAAAUGCUGUUUACAACAAAAAAGAAAUCGAGAUCGCUACAGACUUCAGGGAAUCUUAUAGCAUUUUAGAAAACAAAAACUAAAUAAAAUUGGUUCCCGCAUUCCUUCAUACAUAUCUGUCUACGACAUACGUACUUCCCUUCCACAAUUACCUGUAUACGACGAUAUAGUCGAUUCCAUACACGCAGCCUGUCUACGAUAUCCCUGCUUCGUCCAGCGGUUGACCUCGUCAGAUUUCCCUCUUGGUUCAUUCGAGAAGUACAAUGACCAAGUUUGGACUAUUUCCUUGCCUGGCUCUUCCAGUUUUGGUUAUUCAGAUCUCACUGGUGUACUCAAUCUCAGUCCACCUAAGCUACAACUCUUCAGACCUCGCAGACAGCGAUAUCCCAGAGGUAGUGAACAUUUCCAUCAGUUCCAACGCAGAUGUGGUCACAAAACUUGAGCUGCUACGAAUUCCAGAACAUUCGCCCAAUGUGCCUUUGUACACCCUCCGUGUGGGGGCGGACGGGGAGUACGAAUAUCGAAAGGAGAAACUCAAAGACAGACAGGAUCUGGCGUAUUACGCAGACGCAAGCAAAGACGCCGUUAUACAAGUGACCAAACUGGGCAAUAUGAAGGGCGGGAAACCUCACCUGCUUCUGCACCUGAACUGAAAAAGAUAGUUCAAGAAAAAAUCCAGCCUGAGGAGCAACAACCACUUCUGUCUUUCUUCAACCAAGCAACUCUGAAGAAAAUUCCUCCCUCGUUGAAAAUGAACGGCAAAAUUACAAAUAGAAAAGAUUCACCCAUUCCACCAUCUACUAGUGGAAAGCGUUACCGACGACAAGCAAAUACAUACUAUGUGGAUGUGGUUGCAGUUGUUGACUACGCAAUUUACAAAAGGUUUUUGGAUGACGCGGAUAACAGAGAGGAAGCUUUGGAAGACAUUCGGGAAUAUUACGCAUUUAUGUUUACUGGUGUGGACCUUCGCUAUCAGAGCAUCACGUCUAUGACUUCCAACAUCCGAGUCAGACUCACCAAAGUGGUCGUAACAGAGACGACCCAGGCGUCCUCGUUCACAGAACAGUACCGUUUAGCAGACGACAAGUGGGACGAGGUGGACGCCACCCUGGCUCUUUCAGCCUUCAGGGAGUUCGCCAGUGGGAAGGGCGGGGAGUUCCUCUUUCCUUAUGACCACGCCACUGUCUUCACGGGGUACGAUUUGACAUCCACCACAGGAACGACCAGCACCAAUUCCACCACAGGCCUGGCGUAUACCUCCACUCUAUGUCGCACUGACGGCUACAGCGUGUCUGUCGUGGAAGACCUGGGAGGUUUCCAGGCAGUGGACACAGCAGCUCAUGAGCUCGGACACAGGAUGUCGAGACAACCCCAACAUUUUGGUGAAUGGCGUUGCAUGCUCUGCUGCCGUGAGCAGAAGUCCACUGCUUUGUUACCAGGACAAUGUUCUGACGGAGUGCUGUCAGUCGUGCAGUCUCGUACACACGGGGGUCGAAGGUUGUGAGUACGGAGACCGCUACACCCAGUGCCGCGCAGUCACCACCUGUAGGGGAAUAGAGCGGGAGUGUUGUCAGACCUGCGCCUCCCCCACAACCCCCACGACAGAAAGACCCACCACCAGGAUAACCCCAAGGACCACCGCUAGGACCACCAGGACACAGACCCCACGGUCCACCCAGACGACACCCACCCGGCCCCAAACUACAGCCUCCACGCCGCAAAGUCCAGUAUGCGUGGACGGCGUAUUUGCACCCAACGGCAAGACGUGUUCCCGAGCUAUACAGGACUCCCGGAGUCUGUGCUACAGGGCUGAGGUUCGAACCGCGUGCUGUGCGUCGUGCCGGCGGGCGCACAGCGGGGUGCCAG